UUAACUCCUUCUGUGAAAAUAAAGGAAGGAAGGCUCUGAGGCAGAUGGGUUAGGGUUACAGCCUGGUUUCUCCAAGUCUGUAUGUUUCAUUUCUCUCUCUGUCUAUCUCUUGUCUUACUUUUUUGUUAAAACCUCAUUCCUUUUCUCUCGUCAUCCAUCCCUAAUUGUCUUUUUAUGCCACAUGUCUUCUCUGAGGAGAGCAAAGGUUAGACACUUUUACCUUUCCAACUCUUUCCCAAAAAAAAAAAAAAAAAAAUACCCUUCAGCUUCGACCACCUGCUUUAAAGUGCUUUACUCCGUGCGGUCUCUUCUUACAUUUAUAAUAUCCUUUCUUUCAGUCCCUCCCUCUUUUUCUCUGUCUCUAUGUCUCUCUCUCCCUUUUGCUCUAUCCCUCUCAAGGUCCUCUUGGCUCACUAGUUUUCAUUGAGGAUCUCGAGAAGUCUGAAAACUUUCUCUCUCACUCAGAGAUUUUCGAGAGAGAGAGAGAGAGAGAGAGAGAGAGAGAGAGACAAGAGGAAAGAGGACAGAAAAGAGAGGAAAAAAACAUAAAAGGUGAGAAGAAGGGAAAAGAGGACAGAAAAGGAGAGACAAGGGGAGAAGAUGAUGGUGUCCUUCCUCUCCAUUGUACCAGGACAUCCUACUCUCUUCGCUCUCUCGCUGCUUGGCAUUGUGGGAUUGUUUGCGGAGGUCUCUCGGGGAUUCCCGCGUGAAGAUGAGGAUUAUUACAUGCAGGAGUUCUUGAGCAGGGAGCAUUAUUACCGCGUUCCGGUCCUGGAGGAGAGCGCAGUGGAAGGUCAUGAACUUUCCACACCACCCGUCCACAACAAGCCCAAAACCUCGGGGAAACCAGCUGGAGGAAAGACAAAGUCAGUGAAAUCUUCAAACAAGAAAGCUGACAAGACUGCUAACAGCAUCAGUGAAGCAGACGGACAUUACCGUUCCGAGAGCGUGGGUUGCCCUCCUCUCGGCCUGGAGACUCUGAAAGUCGAUGACUUCCAGCUCCACGCCUCCAGCAUGCAGCGGUACGGUCUGGGAGCUCACCGAGGACGACUCAACAUCCAGGCCGGUCUGUACGAGGACGAUCUGUACGACGGCGCGUGGUGUGCAGGAAGGAACGACCCUCUGCAGUGGUUCGAGGUCGACGCCCGGAGACUCACCAAAUUCACCGGAGUCAUAACACAGGGCAGGAGCUCACACUGGUCGAGUGACUGGGUGACGUUGUACCGAGUUUUGGUCAGCAAUGAUUCACACACAUGGGUCACACUGAAGAACGGCUCUAGAGACCUGCUGUUCAUUGGCAAUAAGGAGAAGGAGAUCCCGGUGCUGAACAAAUUCCGCAGGCCUGUGGUGGCGCGCUACAUCCGGAUCAACCCGCGCUCCUGGCACAAACACGGCAGCAUCUGUAUGAGGGCGGAGAUACUGGGGUGUCCCUUACCAGAUCCUAAUAACUACUACCACCGCCGCAACGAAAUCACCACCACAGACAAGCUGGACUUCAGACACCACAACUACAAGGAGAUGAGGCAGUUAAUGAAGGUGGUGAAUGAGAUGUGCCCGAAUAUAACUCGCAUUUAUAACAUCGGGAAGAGCUACAACGGGCAGAAACUCUACGCUAUAGAGAUAACAGAUCAUCCAGGAGAACAUGAGCUGGGUGAGCCGGAGUUUCGCUACACAGCGGGUUCCCAUGGUAACGAGGUGCUGGGGCGUGAACUCCUCCUCCUGUUAAUGCAGUUCUUAUGCGUGGAGUAUCGCUCCGGUAACCAACGGAUACGACACCUGGUUCACGAGACGCGGAUCCAUCUACUGCCGUCGGUCAACCCAGAUGGAUACGACAAGGCCGCAGAGGCUGGCUCCGAGCUGAGCGGAUGGUCUUUGGGUCGAUGGAGUCAGGAUGGCAUGGACAUCCACCAUAACUUCCCUGACCUGAACAAAAUUCUGUGGGAAGCCGAGUCUCGGAAAUGGGUCCCACGCAAGUUCCACAACCACCACGUACCCAUUCCUGAGUGGUACCUGUCCAAAAACGCCACGGUUGCCGUGGAGACGCGGGCGCUGCUGGGAUGGAUGGACAAGAUCCCUUUCGUCUUAGGGGGCAAUCUUCAAGGCGGCGAGCUGGUAGUGACCUUCCCUUACGACCGGACUCGGCUCUCUGGAGUUUUGAAGGGGGCCACGCCCACUCCAGACGACCCGGUGUUCCGCUGGCUGGCGUUCUCAUACGCCUCCACACACCGGCUGAUGACAGCCCCGAUGCGCAGGGUGUGUCACACACACGACUUCACCAAAGAGGACGGCACCAUCAACGGGGCGUCCUGGCACACGGCCGCAGGAAGUAUGAAUGAUUUCAGCUACCUCCACACCAACUGCUUCGAGCUGUCCAUGUACGUGGGCUGUGACAAGUUUCCUCACGAGAGCGAGCUGCCCGAGGAGUGGGAGAACAACCGCGAGUCUCUGCUCGUGUUUAUGGAGCAGGUUCAUCGGGGUAUUAAGGGCGUGGUGAGGGACCUGCAGGGGAAAGGCGUCGCCAAUGCCAUAGUCAGUGUGGAGGGCAUCAACCACGACGUCCGCACUGCCGCUGAUGGGGAUUACUGGCGUCUGCUGAACCCGGGCGAGUACAGCGUGACGGUGCGAGCAGAAGGCUACAGCCUCGCCCGUAAAGCGUGCGAAGUCGGCUACGACAUGGGGGCCACGCAGUGCGACUUCAAGCUCGCUCGCUCCAACCUGUCACGCAUCAAAGAAAUCAUGGCCAAGUUCAACAAGCAGCCGAUCAACAUGAGACGACCUCAACAGAGACGCCCGGGGACAUAGAGGACGCUGCGGGAAGGACCGGAAGGGAAACCGGGCGCGUGAUGGACAUUCUGGACUGAUUUAGACUGUCUGAUGGUGUAAAAUUAAAAUAAAAAAGAUAUCAUGUAAUCAGAUAGAGAACCGGGUGAAGGACAGAGGAUACGCACGAGCUCGGUUCUGUAGAAAAGAGAGCUUUGUUCAUUUAAGGCUGUAAACGCGACAGAACGAGCAAAGCAUCCAUUUUAUAUUGGCGUAAGUGUUCGAUUCAGAAUUAAUAUAAUGACAGAGUGCAUGAGCAGAGAUAUUACAGAAUUAUAAACUCCAAAACUGGCAUGGAAAUAAAACUCAGUUUAAAGCAUGUUUUUCUGCGUUUAUUAUCAUUCACUGAUGUGGAGCAGUACGGUAAACUAAAUAAGAAUAAACCAUCCUGAAGUGGAUUAUUUUCCUAUAA